ACAUUAUUAUUGUUAUUUUUACCUAUAGUGCAAACUUUGCGAUUAAUUUUACUGAUAGCAGUGAUAGUGGAUGACUCUUGAAAAAAAUUGCAUACCUAAUUAAAACAUUCGACGAAUGUUCGAUGUAUCAUGAUUAGUUAGCAUCAAUUAGAGCAAUUCAUUACAUUUAUCACUCCCACCAUCAUGUUCCGAAAAUUGUCCUUAGUCAAGUCCAUUUUCCACAGCAUUCGGAAGUUCAGCAUUUGUGAACUCCCCAAAGAUCUGCGCGAAAUUCAGAAAACAUGCCGUAAUUUCACCGAACGUGAGCUGAAACCGAUAGCCGCUGAACUAGAUCGAGAUGGAUGCUUCCCAGCGAAACAGAUAGCCCAACUGGCCGAUCUCGGUCUAAUGCGGGUUACCGUUUCCCCGGAAUACGGCGGAUCCAAUCUCGGGAUGCUGGCCUUAUCUUUGGUAGUCGAGGAGAUUUCGAGGGGUUGUGCCAGUACGGGGGCCAUCCUGUCGAUUCAUAAUUGCCUUUAUGCAAAUUUACUAAACCGCCUCGGAACGGUCCAACAAAAAGAGUAUUUUUUCUCGAAAUACUCGGCGGAUACAAUUGGGGCCUUUGCCUUGAGUGAGUCUGAUGCGGGAUCAGAUGUUGCUGCGUUGAGUACGAAAGCUAAGCAGGAUGGAGGCGAUUGGAUUUUGAACGGUUCGAAGGCUUGGGUCACUUCGGCUAAAGAGGCAAAAAGUGGAAUCGUUUUCGCUACGAUCGAUCCAGAGCUGAAGUACAAAGGAAUAACCGCCUUUUUGAUAGAUUUUGAAAAUUUAGAUGGUUUAAAAAUUGGACGAAAUGAAGACAAGCUAGGAAUACGAGCCAGUUCGACUUGUGGCUUACACUUUAACAAUGUUCGGAUUCCCGGUAGCAACGUGCUUGGCAAAGUCGGAGGAGGUUUCAGGGUAGCCAUGGAACAGUUGGAUCGGGCUCGAAUCGGAAUAGCAUCGCAAGCCUUAGGAAUUUCCCAAGCUGCACUGGAAACUGCAUCCCAAUAUGCCGAGCAGAGAAUAGCAUUCGGUCAACCGUUGUCCAAGUUGCAUUCCGUGCAGACCCGAAUCGCCGAAAUGGCAGUCAGAAUCGAAACUGCUAGGCUCCUGAUUCGGAAGGCAGCUACUGAAGUCGACCGAGGCCAGCAAGCAACGAAGGCGAUAUCGAUGGCAAAGUGGGUUGCCGGUGAAACGGCCACAUUCGCCGCUCAUAACUGCCAACAGAUAAUGGGCGGAAUGGGUUACGUUAAGGAUAUGCCCGCCGAGCGCUACUACCGGGAUGCGCGGAUUACGGAAAUCUACGGGGGCGUGACCGAUGUGCAGAAGGCCAUCGUGGCGGAACAUGUGAUACGGGAGCUGAAGGGGAAGUGAAGAAUCCUAGAUUCUUGGUAAGGGUGCAAGGUAAGAUUAUAAACAUUUGUUCAGGGUACUGGAUGUUGGAAAACCUAGUUUUAAGUAUCUUUUAAAGAUACUUUUUGAAUCAAAAUUUUACUGUUAUAGAGAUUUAAACAUUUAUAUACAUUUUCAAAAAUA